AUGGGCUCAGAGGGUGUGGCUGUCAUUCUCCAAGACCCCAGUUUCCGUAUCCUCACGACCUUGAAAUACAUCCACUUCAAUGACCAAGAUGUGGCCGAAUUCUCCCAGCUCGUCGGGCGUUGGAAACAAGAGGAAUCGAAGUCCUUGCGUUUCCACCGACAGCGAUUGAGAGCGGCUGCCCAAGCAUGUUCCUGGGCACAAGUGUCCAAACAAUUCGAAAGCGAUGACGCCGCACUUGAUCUCCUGCGUGCUAUUGAGCAGGCUAUCACCAAGGAACUACCCGAGCCUGGCCACGGUUGUAUCAAAGAGAUCCGCGUGCGUGUUCUCGUCGAUGGCAGUGGUCAUGUGGAUGUGGAGACGGUGCCAAUGGGCAAUGAGAGGCCGGUACGAUGUCUUGUGGAUGAUGGCUUUUACCAGCUCCCGACGUUGCUCUCCCCGUCCUCUCCCUCAAACGACUCGGGAGCUCCCUUUUCAAAGGUGUAUGUCGAUUUCCUACCGACUCGAGCCUCCAUCUUUACCGCACACAAGACGACAUACAGGCAAGCAUACAAUCAGGCACGCUCGCGAGCUGAAAUUGUGCACGCCGCACCUACGGACGCCGAGGUCCUGCUUUUCAACUCUCGGCGGGAGAUCACAGAGGCAAGCCUCUCUACCCCGUACUUCUUCCGCGAGGGAGGCUGGGUAACCCCUGCGGUAGUCUCGGGGGGGAUGUUGAGCGUCACCAAGCUGAGAGCCUCGCAGGGAGGGUUCUGCACCGAGCGGCUCGUGACACUCGAUGAGCUGAGACACGGUGAGAUGAUCUGGCUGAGCAAUGCGGUCAGGGGUUUCUUUCGAGGCAUGAUUUACAUGAAGGAUCAUACAGCCAAGGACUGGAAUCAGUGA